AUGGCAUCACGUUCCGUUUCUCGCUUCCGAUGGAAGGUCGCGCAAGCUAAAUUUCCGACGCGACGGAACCUCUCGACUCCCAAAUCCCCACCGUCACCGAAGGACUCUCGCUCUCGGUUACGUCAAUUCAAUGAUCGUCUUCCUCGCUUUCUCCGUGCCUACACAACACCCCUACUGGGAGCUCCAGUGACGCAUGUGACAUCGUUCCUCAUCUUACACGAAAUCACAGCCAUUGUGCCCUUGUUCGGGUUGGUCGCGGCAUUUCACUACGGCAAUUGGAUGCCAGAUCUGGCAUCGGGAACUGAGGGAAAUAAUGCAUUUGACGAAGGGGCUGCCCGGUUUGGGCGUUGGUUAAGGAAGAAAGGCUGGGUUGAUGAAUCCGACGUCAGUGUUGUUGCGGAGCAUGAAGUAGCGGCGUCCCGAGAUUCGAGCGGGAAGCAAAAGGCAGGCGUCCGGCUGGUUCUUGAAUUUGCGACAGCCUAUGCAAUUACAAAAGCCCUAUUACCGGUUCGGAUAGCGGCAAGUGUUUGGGCAACGCCGUGGUUUGCGAAAGUCGUUCUUAACCCAACAACCCGAGCAGCCAAACGGCUCUUUGGGAGAAGUUGA